AUGGAUGGGGCUUCCAGCGCCAAAGGGGCCGGAGCUAGGGUAGUCAUAAUCACCCCGAAAGGAAUUCUCUUGGAACAUUCGUUCAGGCUGGGGUUUAAUGCCUCCAACAAUGAGGCAGAGUAUGAAGCAUUGCUUGCCGGACUGAGGGCCAUUUCAUGGUUAGAGGCCCGGGACGUGGAGAUCUAUUCGGAUUCAAGACUCAUUGUCAACCAGGUACAGGGGAAUUUUGAGGCUCGAGAUCCUCGGAUGAAAGCCUACUUGGACUUGGUGAGGCAGGUCAUGGACGGCUUUUGUACGGUGAAGGUGAUUCAAGUGGCCCGAGCACAGAAUAGACAUGCCGACUCUCUCGCCACUCUAGCCUCGUCAAUUGCCAAGGAUAUUCCCCAGCUUAUCAGAGUGGAACUCGUCCUCGAGCCCAGCAUUAAGGUGGCAGGAAGUGAGAGGGCUGAAAGAGUCGAAGUCACAGCAGUCGCAACACUUGGUCCGAGCUGGAUGGACCCCAUCGUGGAUUUCUUGGCCGAUGAUCUGAUUCCGGAUGAUGAGAAAGAGGCUAACAAAGUCCACAGGGUGGUAGCCUGGUAUUGGUUGUCUGGAGACCGGAAACUCUAUCGUAGGUCAUUCGGAGGGCCAUAUCUGUCAUGCUUGCACCCGGAGAAAGUAGGCCAGCUCUUGGCCGAGUUGCACAAAGAGAUAUGCGGCAGCCAUGUAGGGGGACGAUCACUGGCGCACUGGGCAAUGACUCAGGGAUUCUGGUGGCCCUGGAUGCAAAAGGACGUUGUGGAAUAUGUUCGGAAGUGUGAACAGUGCAAUCGAAGAUUCGUGUUGGUGGCUGUUGAUUACUUCACCAAAUGGGCAGAGGCAAAAGCUUUGGCCAAUAUCUGGGAUGUAGAUGUGAAGAAGUUCAUAUGGAAGAACAUAAUCACCAGGUUCGGAGUCCCGAACUCCCUUAUAUCGGACAACGAGCUGCAGUUUGAAAGUCGAAGUUUUCGCGAAUUUUGCAGCAAUCUCGGGAUCAGGAACAGGUACUCUACCCCGGCGUAUCCUCAAGGCAAUGGCCAAGCUGAGGCCGUGAACAAGGUGAUCGUGAAUGACUUGAAGCGAAAGCUGGAAGGAGCGAAGGGCAACUGGGCUGAAGAACUACCAAGUGUUUUAUGGGCAUACCGGACAACUCCUCAAAGAUCCACAGGCAAAACCCCAUUCUCUCUCACUUACGGAGCUAAAGCCGUGAUACCAGCUAAGAUCAACCUAUGCAGGGCACGGGUCUCAGAAUUCGAUACGAAACAAAACGAAGGUCAGCUGACGGGGUGCCUAGAUUUACUUGAAGAACACCGAGAGGCAGCAACCAUAAGACUAGCAGAGUAUUAA